AUGACCUGUUUUGCCAUUUCCUCCAUUAUUCCUGCUCCUAGCAUUAUCCCCUUUAUACCUCGCUUCUUCUUCUUCUUCUUCUUCUUCUUCUUCUUCUUCUUCUUCUUCUUCGUCUUCUUCUUUUCUUUUACCUUUUCUUCUUCUUCUUUGUCUUCUUCUUCUUCUUCUUCUUCUUCUUACACCGCUUCUCCUUCUUCUUCUUCUUCUUCUUCUUCUUCUUCUUCUACGUCUUCUUCUUCUUCUUUUCUUUUACCUUUUCUUCUUCUUCUUCUUCUUCUUCUUCUUCCACCGCUUCUCCUUCUUCUUCUUCGUCUUCUUCUUCUUUUCUUCUACAUUUUCUUCUUCUUCUUCUUCCACCGCUUCUCCUUCUUCUUCUUCGUCUUCUUCUUCUUUUCUUCUUCUUCUUCUUCUUCCACCGCUUCUCCUUCUUCUUCUUCGUCUUCUUCUUCUUUUCUUCUACAUUUUCUUCUUCUUCUUCUUCCACCGCUUCUCCUUCUUCUUCUUCGUCUUCUUCUUCUUUUCUUCUUCUUCUUUUCUUUUACCUUUUCUUCUUCUUCUUUGUCUUCUUCUUCUUCUUCUUCUUCUUCUUACACCGCUUCUCCUUCUUCUUCUUCUUCUUCUUCUUCUUCUUCUUCUUCUUCUUCUUCCACCGCUUCUCCUUUUCUUCUACCUUUUCUUCUUCUUCUUCUUCUUCGUCUUAUUCUUCUUUUUCUUCUUCUUCUACGCUUUACAUAUUUCCAUUGUGUCUCAUGUCUCAUGCCUCUUGAUAUUUUUUUCUUAGAGCUUCCGUGCUUUUCAUGCUAUUCUUUAUUCUCGUAUGACUUUAAAUUUUCCUCUUUUCCUUUUCUUUCUCUGCUUCUAUUUCGUUCAUCUUUCUAUCGUCUUUCUUUUUUUUUUAAAUUCUUUUUUUCUUCUCUUUCCUCUUCCAAUUCGAUUUUCUUUUCUACUAUUUUCUCCCCUUCUACCAUUAUUCAUUGCCAUCAUUCACUUCAGUUUUCCUUAUUUUUUUUUCCUUUUGUCCUAUCUUCUCACUACUACAUUCCCAUAUUCUCUUCACUACAUUCCUAUCUUCUCUCUACUACAUUCCUAUAUUCUCUUUACUACAUUCUUAUCUUCUCACUACUCAUUCCUAUCUUCUCUUUAUUACAUUCCUAUCUUCUCUUUAUAUACAUUCCUAUCUUCUCUCUACUACAUUCCCAUAUUCUCUUUACUACAUUCCUAUCUUCUCUUUACUACAUUCCUAUAUUCUCUUUACUACAUUCCUCUAUUCUCUUUAUAUACAUUCCUAUCUUCUCUCUACUACAUUCCCAUAUUCUCUUUACUACAUUCCUAUCUUCACUUUACUACAUUCCUAUCUUCACUUUACUACAUUCCUAUCUUCACUUUACUACAUUCCUAUCUUCUCUUACUAUAUUCCUAUAUUCUCUUUAUUACAUUCCUAUAUUCUCUUUACUACAUUCCUAUAUUCUCUUUACUACAUUCCUAUAUUCUCUUUGCUACAUUCCUAUAUUCUCUUUCAUCAAGGCGUUUUGUCUUUCUCUCAUCAUUUUCUCGCAUUGCCAUUCCAUUUUUUUUUCUGUUUCAAAAGAAGGAUAA